CACUAAACCAAUCAAAAAACAUCCAUCAUGUUAUAGAAAAGUCAUUAAUGGGUCACUUUAUAAAUCUUUUUAUUUUCUUUGGGGUUAAAAGUUUGAUUUUCAUGUUUAUUCUGCUUAUUUAUUGUUAUCAUUAGGAUUUAGACAUUGGGUUAUCUUUAUAAUUUAUAAUUAAUUUAUAUGUUAAUAUAUUAUACGUUGAAGUAUGGAUGUAGGCGGCAGGGGUGUGCAGUAGACACAUUUGUACGCUGUAUGGAUGUGCGCGGUACGGAUGUACACACAAGACAACACAAGACAACACCAAACUGAAAUAUCUGAUUCACCAAACACGUCAGUAAUAUCCAGCACUGUCAGUAAUCUGUAGUACACACUCAGUACAUACUCAGUACAUACUCAGUACAUAUUAACUAUGGUUAAAUUCACUAAUAAUCAAAAACUACGAGUAGGGAUCCUCGCCAUAGUAUCAGUGUACAUAAUUUAUUUAUUCAUAGCAUCAUUCUCAUUACCAACAGCUGGACAUCGAAGUAAUAUAAAUUCCGGUAAAUUCCAAUUAGCGAGAGAAUUAGAAAAGAAUGCAAAUUGGGCUAAAUCAGGACUUAAUUUCCAACCCAAUAAGAUCACUCAUUUACCCAUUGAUUCAACCAUUAGACAACAAUUAUCUUAUCAAUUCCCCUAUGAACCUCAUAAACCAAUACCUAAAAAUAUUUGGCAAACAUGGAAAGUUUCAACUGAUGACAAAACUUUUCCUCAAUUAUUUAAUCAAUAUCAACUUAGUUGGGAACAAAAUAAUCCUGAUUAUAAACAUUAUGUUGUACCUGAUGAAUUAUGUGAUGAAAUGAUUAAACAAUUAUAUGCUACAAUACCUGAUGUAGCUCAUGCUUAUAAAAUUAUGCCAAAGAAUAUUUUAAAGGCUGAUUUCUUUAGAUAUUUAAUUUUAUAUGCUCGAGGAGGAGUAUAUAGUGAUAUUGAUACACUUAGUUUAAAACCAAUAGAUAUUUGGGUAUCUCAUAAUAAAAAACUUUUAGAUAAACCAUUAAAUGCUGGAUUUGUGGUAGGAAUUGAAGCCGAUCCUGAUCGUCCUGAUUGGGCAGAAUGGUAUGCUAGAAGAAUUCAAUUUUGUCAAUGGACAAUUCAAUCAAAACGUGGUCAUCCAUUAUUACGAGAAUUAAUUGCAAAAAUUACUGAAAUGACUUUAACAAGAGAACGGAAUGGAGAAUUAAAAAAAGUUCUUGGAAAGGAUGCAGGAGGUGAUAUUAUGAAUUGGACAGGUCCAGGAAGUUUUACUGAUUCUGUAUUUGAAUAUUUAAAUAAUAUACUUCAACUGCCUGAUGGUACUAAAGAAGAAAUUGUUACUUGGAAGAUGUUUGCUGGAAUGCAACAACCUAUUGCUAUUGAUGAUGUAUUGGUUCUCCCUAUUACAUCAUUUAGUCCUGAUGUAGAUCAAAUGGGCGCUAGAACAAGUACUGAUGAAAUGGCCUAUGCUAAACAUAUGUUUCUGGGUAGUUGGAAACAUGAUGAUGGUCAUAAACCAGCUCACUUUUUACCUCCUAAUCCUUAGUUCAUAGUUCAUAGUCAAUAGUCAAUAGUCCAUAGUCAAUAGUCAAUAGUCAAUAGUCAAUA